AUGAUGACUACUGGUAAAAGGUCCGAUAGGAAAGGAUCCUUCUGGGGUUGUUGUCUCAUCUUGUCCCUACAGCACGGCGUCACACUCACUGAGCUGUGUUGCUACCUACUAUUCUAG